AUGUACAACCAGUAUGGGGACCAGUGGUCGGACCAAGAUCCGUAUGAUGCCAACUUGUACCCGGAACAUGACCCUGGAAUGGGGACUGCCAACAUGGGACAUUCAAACAUGGGGUAUCCCAAGAUGGGCCAACCCAAGAUGGGGUAUCCCAAGACGGGCCAACCCUUAAAUUCUUCUGGAGCUUCUGGAUCUGCAAAACCUCUGUCCAACAUGUCGAUGCACUCCCAGCCCAUGUCCUACAGACCAGAGCACAGAAGAAUGGACCUGAGCCGAGGGCGUGAAGAGGUUUCUCAGGCACCCAGCCGCAUGGAUCCCCAAAGAGAAGACACCUACCCUCCAUAUUCCAGCCACAGUAACCCCCAAAGAGAAGACACCUACCCUCCAUAUUCCAGCCACAGUAACCCCCAAAGAGAAGACACCUACCCUCCAUAUUCCAGCCACAGUAACCCCCAAAGAGAAGACACCUACCCUCCAUAUUCCAGCCACAGUAACCCCCAUGGGGAAGACAACUACCCUCCAUUUUCCAGCAACAGAAACCCCCAAAGUGAAGACAACUACCCUGCAUACUCCAGCAACAUAAACCCCCAGAGAGAACAGAGAGAAUCCACCUUCCCUCCCUAUUCCGGCCACAAGAACCCUCAAAGAGAAUCCACCUUCCCUCCCUAUUCCAGCCACAAGAACCCUCAAAGAGAAGACAGCUACCCUCCCUAUUCCGGCCACAAGAACCCUCAAAGAGAAGACAGCUACCCUCCCUAUUCCAGCCACAAGAACCCUCAAAGAGAAGACAGCUACCCUCCCUAUUCCAGCCACAAGAACCCUCAAAGAGAAGACAGCUACCCUCCCUAUUCCGGCCACAAGCACCCUCAAAGUGAAGACAACUACCCUCCAUACUCCAGCAGCAUAAACCCCCAGAGAGAACAGAGAGAAGACACCUACCCUCCAUAUAUGACCUACCCUGCUCGCCCGCCACCCAGAGCCCCGGACACUGACAGCGGUGUCGGCGAAUCACUGAGUUGGCUUUUGAACCGAAGCACCUCCUCAGUGGAACGUCCAGUUGCGACAUCAUCUUCAGGCUUCCUGAGCAGCAAAGAUGGUGAUUCUGUUUUUCCACAAUUGAGCAAUUAUCUGGACCGAGUGACGUCUCCACCUCAAAUAAAAGUCGCCAAGUGCAGCGCAGACACGGCCACCAGCAUCCUCCGCCAGUUUAAGCUGGAAUGGACCAUGGACUAUACUAUGAACAGGUCAAACUCUAGUGAGCCAGCCAACAGACCUGUGCCGUUAAUGGCGUUGGAUCCAAAACCAACAUCGAUGGACGCAGAUAAGCGCUUGCCGCCGCCCGCCAUGAUGCAGGACUACGCAGGUGUUACUCCCAGGGUCUUUCCAGAUUCCUGUUGUCUCUGUAACACGGAAUAUGCACACAUGAAGGAAUGGGUUGCCCACAAGAACUCCUCCCUCCACAUCGCAAAGUGCCAGUAUCUACGAGAACUUUUUCCGGAGUGGGACGGAGAAAUCCCAAUCAGAAUGUCCCUGCGCAGGAAGGAGACCGGCUCAGGACAACACAGAGCUGCCUCCCCUCUACGCAGUGCCUCUCUGUCAGAGAGCACUUCCCCACAGCGUAAAAGGCAGAGACAGAGGAGCCCAGAGAGGACCACCUCCCCAGUGCGAACAAGACACCUGUUCCCCGUCCUGAACCCCCACCUCCACAGACCCGACUCUCACUCAAGGACCUCCCCCAAAGCUCCUGAGCCGAGGUGA